GCUCACCCUGCGUAAGCCGUCUGCGCCGAUUAUCCCAAUAGCGGACGGAGUUGAUGCGACCUAUCUCGGUUCCCAAGCUGUUCUGUGGGGGAUGCAGCCGCUGCGUCAGUUGCGGAAGGACUCGGAAUUCUAAGGCGCCUGGGCACUUAGCCUAGCGUGGUGCUGAUGGCCCCGAUGACUGGCAACGUUUCUCAGUUCUUCCCAAACGUAUCCCUACUGAUCGCCGUCUGCACGGGAACAUCGAGCUCCCUAGCGUCCAUCGACUGCGGGAAGGCGAUACCGACCAACCGACUGGUAGGGGCCGCCUUUCUGGCCUUCUUUGGACUGGGCCUGACGGCCUUCGCCUACGCGGUCACCUCAGUAGUCUAGACGGGUGUAGCAUUUCCGCAACUGACCGUGAGCGGCUCGGAUGCCCUGUUCUUGGGCAUGAAGCAGAGGCUACCGACGAGAUCAAGAAUGCUCUGAAAGAGUUAGAAGCCAAACAGGACGAGAUGAAGGUCUACCUUUCCGUCUCCAAGAACGAUAAGGGUGUGAACACUGUGCCUUUGAAGGAGGAGCUCGAUAGGUGCGCCUUCUGUGCUUUGC